CACCAAAGCCCUCCAUUGUUAUGGCGGGUCCUCCAUUUCCCUGAAAACAGAUCUCUCCGUAUCUCCGUUUAUCUCCCCCGGCACUUGCUUCCGUUGCUUCUUCUUGGUUUUUCGUUCGGUCGUCGAGAGCUGCUCCGGAGCUGAAGUUUGAAUUGAGGCCGUGCUCGAAAGUUGAGGAAGGGCUGGGUUUUGUUUGGUCGAUCGGGAGUGAGAUUGAUCUUGUGAUGGCUGGAAUUUGCUGCGGCCUGGUCGGAGAGAGCGAGCCGUCGGCUACCGCGGAGCCGAGCUCCCGGGGCUCGAGGCUGCGGAUCCUGGAGCCCCGGCCGUUCAAGUUCGUCGCCGACGUGGCCCUGCCGCCCGCCUCGGAGAACGGCCGCAAGAGGCAGAGGGUGGAGGUGAUGCCCAGCGAGGGGAUCGAGAGCGGGCGCGAGGCGAGGAAGGCCAGGGUCGAAGAGGAGAAAGGGAAAGGCGCGAGCGAGGUCAAGGUCGCGAGGGCCACGGAUGGGUCGACGAGUUCGAGGGAUAACCUGCAGGUUGAGCCGCAGGAGUGCCCCAAGUUCGGGUUGACUUCGGUCUGCGGCCGGAGAAGAGACAUGGAAGACGCCGUUUCCGUCGAACCGUUGUUCUGCAGCGAGAGCCCGCAGAAGCCUAACGGGUUGCAUCUUUUCGGCGUCUUCGACGGCCACGGCUGCUCUCAUGUUGCUAUCAAGUGUAAGAAGAGGCUGCACGAGAUAGUGAAGGAGGAGAUCGGGAGCUACAGGGAGUCCUCGGUGCAGUGGAAAGAGGCGAUGCAGCGGAGCUUCACCCGGAUGGACAGCGAGGUCCAGGAGUGGAGCGACGUGGCCAAGACGUCGAAUUGCCGGUGCGAGCUCCAGACCCCGCAGUGCGACGCCGUCGGAUCAACGGCCGUCGUCGCGAUCGUCACGCCGGACAAGAUCGUCAUCUCCAACUGCGGCGACUCGCGCGCCGUCCUCUGCCGCAACGGCGUCGCCAUCCCCCUCUCGUCCGAUCACAAGCCGGAUCGGCCGGACGAGCUGGAGCGGAUCCAAAACGCCGGUGGCCGGGUCAUCUACUGGGACGGAGCGCGUGUCCUCGGGGUCCUUGCCAUGUCGCGAGCCAUCGGCGACAACUACUUGAAACCGUUCGUCAUACCCGACCCGGAGGUGACGAUAGUGGAUCGGACGGCGGAGGACGAGUGCCUGAUCCUGGCGAGCGACGGGCUCUGGGACGUGGUCUCGAACGACACGGCCUGCGGGGUGGCCCGGAUGUGCCUGCGGGCGCAGAGGCCGCCCUCCCCGCCGCGGUCGCCCGGCAGCUCCGACCUGGCGGUGGGCGCGAACGCGGAGAGCUCGGACAAGGCGUGCUCCGAUGCCUCGAUACUGCUGACGAAGUUGGCGCUGGCCAGGCACAGCACGGACAACGUGAGCGUGGUGGUGGUCGAUUUGAAGCGAGACCACCAGCGAUAGUCUCGCCGCCGCACCCACUUUUGCCCAUUUUGCUUUAAUUAGCCCGUAUCGAUAUAUUUACUACAAGCUUUGUAGAUCGAGACCGUGGAGCUGGACCCGAAAAAAUUGGCGAAAGCUCUUAAGAGAGAAAAAAAAAAAAGAUUUCAAGGUUCUUCCGAAUUGUAAUUAGAGCUCUAAAGUAGGGGAUGUAAUUGUUUUUCACAUCAGGCGAAUGACAGAAUGGCAAUUUACCCGGGUGAAAAACCCUAAUCAAAUUCAAUUUA